CCUAGGGCAACAUGGUCCACCUUAAAAACCCUGUGUGCAUAAGGAGCAAUGACUGCAACAAAGGGAAAUUCUCCUUUUCUAGUUCCGUAGCUGUUACUCUACCUAGCCUUGAUCCCUAAGCACUAGUGCUCUUUCCCAUGAGGCACCACCACCCUUUCCCCACCUUGCCUCCCCCAAACUGGGUGUACCUUUGGUUCGACCUGGCUUCCUCUUUAGACACUGCAAUCUCCUCUGAUCCCAACACACCACAAUGGGCCCCUUUAGACACUGACUUGGUCUAUGUUUCAGACAAUGCGACUGCCUGGCCUUAUCACAUCCAAAACUUUAAUUCCCAGGCACCAAUCUCUGCUUAUUUGAUUUUUUUAUCCCUUUCCUUCCUUCCCUGCAUCACGGCCUGCUCAAAAACCUCUCAGCUGCUCUGCCAAGACAGGAAGGCAUCAGUUAGCAUCAUGGCGCCUGGGCAGCCACUUCCCCUGCCUGGGGGAACAGUACAACCAGGAGGAAACAGGUGCUAGAAAAGAUAAGCACCUUCUAGGAGACACCUGUUUCUUCCCCAUGGAAACAAAUCAGUUGGCCCAGCUACAGGGAGGAAGAAGGAGGAAAGGAUAUGCUGGCUGACACCUAGAGGGCCAGUUUGGAACACCAUUGGAGGCCUUGCUUUCUUUUCACUUCAGCUGAUCAUGAGCAAAGCAGAAAACUUUGUGCUUCCCUUUGUGGAUGUGGAUAUCAGAGAGAUAUUUGAAAUUGCUAUCAAAGCUGGCUUCAAGUCUCAAAAGAAAAGAAAAGAAUUUUGGAGAAGACAACAGAGCUACCAGAAAUCAAAGGAGAAAGAACAGGAAUGUCAGGAGGAAGUCCUCACUGAACAGGCAAUGAUGUGCUUACCUAAAGGCAACCCAACAGACCAGUCAAGCUGGAGCCAAGAUGAGAGCCCUCUGACAAAGGCAAUGCAAGACCAGAACCACCACGAUGGCCUCAAGGUGCUCAAGCAUCAGGACCAUCCCCAAAAGGAGGGAAUCCCUCAAGAGAUGGAGGCAAGGAUGCAACAGUAUCAAGGACAAAAAGUGAGGAUCCAGGACAGGGUAGAGUUGGGGCAACAGCCAUAUGAGGGAGAAAGAGAUGAGAAGAGAAGAGAACUCUGCUGCCUUCAAGAUCAAGUACUAACAAAAGUAUUAAGAGGACAUCAAAAAAUAUACUCAAAGGUAUACUUCAUCCAGCAGCAGGGGCAGGGAGAAGCAGAUAUAACAAUGAAUGAACAAGAGAACCCCAACCAGCAAGAGAAAAAGGUGGAAGGAUAUCCAGUGCUGCCAGACCUAUGUAAUGCCAAAGAAGGCUCAGCAAAGGAGGCUGAGAUAGCCAAGUGCCCCAUCCAAGACACACCCAGAGUAACUGAGAAAGGGAACCAACUGAAUCAAAUUGAGGUAAAACUCACUCAAGAAGAAUCUCAUCAUCCUGGCCAAAGUGACAUAAAGUCAGAACAGAUAGAGUUGUGCCAAGAGAGCAGACUUCCAGAAAAUCCUCAUGACUCAGAGAGGUUGAAUGAAACAGAGCCACAAGUCUAUGACCAAGAUGACCUGAAAACGAAGCAGCAAAAACAAGUUGAAGGACAAUCAAGGGAACCCUUCAGCUUCCUAGAGAAAGAAGUAGUGAAGGUGAUGAGAUUGUGGCAGCAGUGGGAAAUAAAUGAGGUGGUCAAAGUUAUGCAAGAGCAUCAUUGCUCCCAAGUAGAAGAGAUGCAGAAGGUAAUACUCCAGCAGUGGACAGAGGAAGAAGGCUCCAGAGGUGCAAAGCUACAGUGUGGCUCCAGAAAAAAGCUAGGAAGCCUUAUGCAGCCACAAGGGAGACAGAUCCAUGAACAUUCCUGGGGGAAUUGGGGUCAGUGUCAGAAGAAGGAAGAAAUUAUUCCUCUGCUGCCCCAACAAGAUGGAGAAUUGUCUGAAGUUUUAUCUACAGAAACCCAGUUAGGUAGAGAAGAUAAAGAAACUAUGCAGCAACAAAACCCAAACAAAGAAUGGCCAAUACAAGAAAAUGAGGCUUCAGAAUUAUCCCAAAAGGAAAGCCAAGUGGAUGAAGAGCCCAAGGUAUUUCAACUGGAACAGCAAGAGGAAAACAUCACUGGCUUAACAGGGAUAUCCCAAAUUCUGCAAGUAUUAAAGCAACAGCAUCAGUGCCAGAAGGAAGCCAUUUUGAAAGUGAUGCGCCAGCAGCAGACCCAUCAGGAAGAAGCAAUUCAGAAGGCCCUUGGAGAGCAAUGUCAAGUACAAGAGGUUCUCAAGGCCAUGCGUCAAGAAUGGCAGAGCCAAAUGGAAGCCAUUCUGGAGACCAUGGAAUUGCAGGAGCAGUUCCAAGCAAAGGCCAUUUUGAAAGUGAUGAGGCAGCUGGGACAUCAAUGGAAAGAGGAUUCCAGGAUGAUAGAGUCAGAUCAGGACCACCAUGAAAAAGAGAUGAUUAAGCAUGGUUCAAAGUGUCAAAGUACAAAAGAGCUACAGGAUCAAAGAGAAGUGGAUCUCAAGGAUCCAUCAGAUCAACAUGAUAAUGGUGCAAAGGAAAGAGAGCAAGACCAAGACCAAAACCUGGACAGGGAGUCAAUAACUUUUAAAGAGAGAACAAGUCAACGGGGAAGACUGAAGCACACCCAGAACAACAUUUCAAAGAAAACAGGUCAGCAAAUCCAAAACAAAGCAGAUCAAAGGCAAGAACUGGGUGAGGAAGAGAAUGAUAACAAGGUAGCAGAACAGAACCAAGAGGAAGAAAAGAAAUCAAAGAAACAUAAAAGAGACAGCCCUAAUUAUUUUGUAGCAAUUCCAAUAACCAAUGAUCAGAUUCUAGAUAAAAUUGAAGAUGUGCAGGAGUUCAUUUACAGUAAGGAGCCUGAACUGCUAAAAGCCUUGAUCCCUGUCCAGACCAUGCAUAUCACCAUAAUUGUUGCUCAUCUCAGAACCAAGCAAGACGUGCAAAAGGCUAUUUCAGCUCUGGAAGAGAGCAAAGUUCGUGUAGAAGAGCUUUUGGAAGGCAGACGUCUUAAUAUGACAUUUCAUGGGAUUGGUCAGUUUAGUAAUCAAGUGAUAUAUGUGAAAAUGUCUGGAGAGCAGGAGCAACAGCUACUGAGCAAAAUUGCAGAGGCCGUGGAGAGAUCUUUUCAGGAAAUGAACAUAGACAUCACAGGCAGCAAAGACUUCAGACCACAUCUGACUUUCCUGAAACUAUCCAAAGCACCCGCCCUGAGGAGAAAGGGCUUUAGAAAGAUCCAUUCUGAACUAUAUAAAGAAUAUGAAGACUACCCCUUUGGAACUGAAAUCUUUAGUCAAAUUGAUCUUUGCUCCAUGCAUAAAAAGAAGCAGGAAUCUGGCUACUAUCACUGUGAAUGUACCAUUUCUGUUGCUCCUGGGCGCACAGGUGAGACCCAGAAACUACCCACAGAGAUAGAGUAUUUGAAAGAAUUGUGUGUUCCCAUCUCUCCUGACCCUUGCCCAGAAGCCAAAGCUGAAGAGACCAAAGCCACUGAGUGUUGCCGAUGUAUCUCUUGCAUAGCCGAAGACGAUGAUAAACCCACUGAAUAUACAUCCUCAAUCAGGCCUGGAUGUGAGACGGUAGACCAAAAGACAGGUGUGUCAGUUUUAGAUGAAAUCUUUACCAUAGAUGCAAAGGUCUUCCUUUAAGCCAGUUCCUGAGAUUUUGCCAGUACAACCAGAUGCAAUGAAGAACAUAGAUGAGGGAUCAGAAAAACAAUGAAGCUGACAGAUGGUAAUUUCUAAAGAGUUGAAUCAACAGAAAUUGUAUCUCAUCAGCCUGCUUGCCCAGAAUAAGGUAGAACUUGUUCCAAUGCUCAGCUCACCAGAGGGACAGUCAUUGUGCCAGGAGGUGCUGCUCUGGACUGAGAUGCCAGCACAAAAACUGAGAUGUGCCACUUCUUUUGAAUGCCAUCUGGAGAGCAAAUUACUUUGUAAGCCACAUCAGAAGUCAUCUGUUUGUAAAUGAGGUAACAACCCAAACAAAAGUGAAAUCCAUCCAAGAAUGUGGAAGAAUUCAAUCAAAAACUAAUGAAACCCAGAUAACAGAGUACUGCUUCUUGGCCACUUCAAAAGAGAAAGCUAUCCAGCUAUCAUCACCAAUUAACUUGCCUGUAUAUUUAUGGAUUGAUUCCAUGUCAUUUUUUAAUCUGACGUUUAUUUUCUGAGUUUGAAAAAGCUGAACUUAAAUCUUUCAGAAUUGUAUUUUGUUGCAAUCAUUGACAUAUCUUAUUUCAGGAAGCCUUGGGAUGAGCUUCCCAAAUUGAAUGCCUUUGAUCAUAUAAGAGGACAAAAUGCUCCUAUUAGUAUCCCAAAGUGCCAUAAAUGAAAUGGAAAAAUAUAUCCUCCUUCAAAUAUUUGACUUGAGUUAUUGAGAGAGAGAAUUGUAAUCUUUCUCCAGUAAGGAAGGAACUCAAUGUUCCACAUGUAAUAAAAAAUGCAUCCACAAAAUAAACUGAGGAUUUGGGGGUCAUUUUAAAUGGUA